UCUCUCUCUCUCUCUCUCUCUCUCUCUCAAAAUCUCAACUCAAAAAUUUACAAAUCCCCCUCUUCCAACCACAUGUCUCCUACCACCCCCAAAAAUGCCCAUUAAACCCUAAAAAACCCCCAAAAAUGCUCACUAACCCCCUCAAAAACCCCCAAAAUUUGCCAAAACACCCCACCUACCCCUCUUUCCUUCUCCUCCUCUUCUCUAUCUUCACCUCAACCAACCCCAUCUCCGCCUCCACAACUCCACUAAUUUCAAGAAACUCAACUAUCCAAAGCCCCAAUCGGACCUUCGAAAUCGGGUAUUUCAGCCCCGACUCCGGAUCCACCAACUGGUACGUCGGGAUCUGGUACUCCGCAAUCCCGAUCCGCACCUAUGUCUGGGUGGCCAACCGCAACCGCCCCAUCAAGAACCAAACCUCAUCCGUGGUCCAGAUUACGGAGGAUGGACGGCUGGCGAUAACUGAUGGGGGAAACUCCUCAAUCUGGGCGACGGAUAACGACCGUCCAGCUAUUUCAGCUAUGCUUUUGGAAAGCGGCAACUUUGUGCUCCUUGAUAAGCAUGCCAAGAUUGUUUGGCAGAGCUUUGAUUCCCCGGCAGACACCUGGCUACCGGGGAUGCAUGUGAUAGCCAACACGGCUAUCACAUGCUGGCGGAGCGUGUCGGACCCAUCACCUGGGCCCUACACGCUCCGCCUGAAUCCGCCAGUAUAUGGCGAGUUCGAGCUCGUGUAUCAGUACCGGCAGCAGUACUGGUCGACUGGGAGCUGGAGAGGGUCGUCAUUCUCCGGAGUGCCGGAGAUGACGGUACCCUACAUAUACAACUUCCGGUUCGACAAACCGUUCACACCACAGGCAUCGUUCGUGUACACAGAGAUGCCCGGGGCGGCGUCGCUGCUGACACGGUUCGUUGUAGACUACUCCGGCCAGCUGAAGCAAUAUACCUGGUCGUCGCAAACGAAUAACUGGAACAUGUUCUGGUCGAGGCCGGAGAGUGCCUGCAGGGUGUAUGGACUCUGUGGGGAAUUGGGUUUCUGCCGAGGUGGCAGUGGUCGCAUUCUGAGCCCGUGUCGGUGCUUUGAUGGAUACCUGCCAAACGACCUGUCCGGUUGGCGGGCCGGGGAUUACAUGGGAGGGUGUCGACGGACGGAUAAUAACUCGUGCAGUGUAGAUGAUGGUUUUGUUAGUGUGGGCCCCAUUGGCUACCAAGGCAAUGCUACCAGUGUGUUGGUUCCUAGUGGCGGUGGCCAGAGCUCUUGCGAAGAAUCUUGCUUGAAGAAUUGCUCUUGUUUUGGUUUGAAUUACAAUGCUAAAACAGGGGAGUGUAAGAAUUUGUAUGGAAAUCCCAUGAAUUUCCAGAAUUUGACUGUGGAAAAGACGGGUGGAGCGGUUUUCUACAUUAGAGUAGGGAAGGAAGCUUUGAUCAAUGGGAAGAAGAAGAAUUCGAAGUGGAAAUUAGCAGCUCUGAUCGGCGGAUUAGUUGGGCUGGUUUUGCUUCUGGGAUUGGUGAUUUUGGCAAUUGCAAUUUGGAAGAAGAAGCAGAAAUUGAAGCUGCGGAGCGACGAGGAUGGAAGUUACUCUGUGAUGAGUCUGAAGGUGUUUUCUUACAAGGAGCUCUCUUUGGCGACCCGCGGCUUCUCGGAGAAGCUAGGCCACGGCGGGUUCGGAGCGGUUUUCCGAGGUGCAUUGCCAGACUCUACACCUAUUGCUGUUAAACGCCUUGAACGGCCCGGUGGGGGCGACCGGGAGUUCCGAGCAGAGGUCUGCACAAUAGGCAACAUCCAGCAUGUUAAUCUCGUUCGGCUGAGGGGGUUCUGCUCAGAGAAUUCACAUAGAUUGUUGGUCUAUGAUUACAUGGAGAAUGGCCCGUUGAGCGUCUUCCUGCGGCGGGAUGGACGGUUCCUGAGCUGGGAGGUCAGGUUCCGGAUUGCAGUGGGGACUGCACGGGGGAUUGCUUACUUGCAUGAGGAGUGCCGGGACUGCAUAAUUCACUGUGAUAUCAAGCCGGAAAACAUACUCUUGGACGGCGAAUUCGGGGCAAAGGUCUCAGAUUUUGGAUUGGCAAAGCUUGUUGGCCGCGAUUUCAGCCGUGUGAUGACUACGAUGAGGGGAACAUGGGGAUACGUCGCUCCUGAGUGGAUUUCCGGUGUGGCCAUCACUGCCAAGGCCGACGUGUACAGUUACGGAAUGACAUUGCUGGAGAUCAUCGGCGGGCGGAGGAAUGUGGAGUCCCCGCCGCAGGCGAGUGGGCCAGCCAGGGAUGAGAAGUGGUUCUUCCCACCGUGGGCUGCCAGGCAGAUAAUUGAGGGCAAUGUGGAUGGUGUGGUGGACGCACGGCUCGGUGAGGCAUUUGAUCGAGCAGAAGCUGAGCGAGCCGCUCUCAUUGCGGUGUGGUGCAUACAGGACGACGAGGCUGCACGGCCCACCAUGGGGACGGUGGUGAAGAUGCUGGAGGGGACCGUCGAUGUGGCGGUGCCGCCGGCGCCGCAGCUGCUGCAGGCGCUCUUCGAUGGGGAUUCCUUCCCGGAAGGUGGGAUUGGAUCAGGUCAGGAGAUAUCGACGCCGAUCGGCGUCCGAUCUGAUGAUAUGGGGUCUGAUGUGGGGUCCACUGGAUCGGCCGGUAACCGGAAUCUGACCCAAUCGAGAUGAGAACUAUGGUGUAAUUUCCUUAAUUUUUUUUAUUAGGAAGAGUAGUGUGGACGAAUACAUGUUUGUAGGAAAAAAAAAUAUGGUGUGGAGAGGAAGGUUUGAUGUUUUUCAAUCAUGGAAUGGGCCUGAUUUGAUGGAAGGAUUCUUGGGUUUGCAUUUCCCACGUGCCAACCUGGCAUGUGUCUGGGGGCAUCUGAUGAGGACAUGAGCUGGGCCCCACCACGAGAAUGAUAUUGAUCACACAUGAAAUUCGAGGUGGGCCACUCCUAUCUGAUGCAUGUCAACGGUCCACAGCACUCCUAUGGCAGUGGGGGAUGUACCACAUGCUUGUUGCGUUUGCACGUGUGCUGCGUGUGGGGCUUGCUCACACCUAACACGGUUGUGUGUAAAGAGAGGUUUUAUUUAUUUAAUCUAUUUUGCUUGAUGUGAA